AUUUUCCCAGUAAAGGAAAGAACCGUUGCUACACUCAAAAGAAAAACACAAAAUUAUAAUCCGUAGUAUUUCCUCUCUACAAAUUCCUAUUUUAGGAGACGAAACUCAAAGCGUUUUUUAUUUCCUUAUAAUUUUCUCCAACCCUCUUGACAACCAAGAUUUUGGCCUUUUAUAUAUAAGCUAAAGCAAACUGGGUGGUUUUCUUGCAUUUUUUUCUUGUUCAUCCCGGGCUCUAACUGAGGGUGAUUAGAGCUUCAAAGGCCUUUGAGUAUUGCAGAAGCAUCUGAUCAUCAUCAACAGCAAGUUUUUAGUAUAGUUUUGAGACUGUUUUAGAGGAGAUUUUUCGAUCAUCUGGCAAUGAAAAACGCCAUUCUCCCUCCUGUUUCUUCGCAUAUUUACGAUUUUGGAAAUAAUGAAAUCCAGAUUUUGCCAAAUUGGGAUAUACCUAUGCAGUUUAACAGUAAAAUUGCGUUUUGCAUGGAUUCCGAAGUAUUGGACAAUGACAACCAGAUAAGAGCUGAAGCCUAUUCUUUUCCAAUUCAGUCUUCGUACACUGUAACUCAUCAACCAGCAGGUUUUCCUACCACCUUGCACCACGAUGAAAAUAUUUCCCACCAAUCAAUGAGGCUUGGAAAGAAGAUUUUAGCCCCACAAUUUGAUACGUUGGAAUUCUUUAUGCAGGCUAUACAAAAUGCCAGAAAACGUCCAAUUGAAGUUGAUGAGCUUUUGCCCAAAAAUGACAUUGGUGAAUUGAUUGGUAAUCAGAGUACAGAUAUGAGUGAAUGGAGGAAAAUUAAAAGAAACAAAACGACAAACUUUGAACAUCAAUGGCAAGAAGGAUCAACAAGAAUUCAACAGCAAAGGUUGCUUGUACCGACAGUAAGGAGAACCCAAAAGCUCAGUGACAAGAUCACAGCUCUUCAAAAGCUGGUCUCCCCUUAUGGCAAGACUGAUACUGCCUCAGUUCUUCAAGAGGCUUCUGGUUAUAUAAAGCUCCUUCAAGACCAGAUUCGUCAGAACCUGUUUCGGAUGCUGAGUAGUUCAUAUGACAGUGUUAGAGGGCUUCAACCGGUACAGGAAAAAGGAAAGGGGCGGCUUGACCUGAGAAGCAGAGGACUCUGUCUGGUUCCCAUAUCUUUUACUCAGAAAGUCACGAUGGAAGAGCGUGUGGAUCAUAAUCAUGCUCUCUCACUCUCUAGGAAACCAGUUCUUGAUAGAAAUUUCUACUGCCUUAAUUAAUUAAUCAUUUAAUUAAGUUAUUUAAUAAGUACCCAUAUAUAUGCAAUGCUAGAUUGAUCUCAACAUGAGUUCAUCUCUAGUACUUUAUGUAGAAAAAAGAAAAAAAAAUCAAGUGAAUAUUAUUAUAAAUUUAUUGGUAUAAAUACCAGCUACCAGAGAUUAAUGUAUUUUACAAGGAAAUUAAUCUAGUAAACUAUUAUAUGUGUC